AAAUCACUCAUCACUUGCAAAGACAAAGUUCAGAGAAACGCAAAAAGGAAAGUUCAUUAUUUUUUCUUGAACUUGCUAAAAGAAAGGGUUUAAAAACUAAGUUAUCUUUGACUUGUUUCCCCCCUUUUUUGUAUUUAUGUUUUUUGUUGGUGCUUUUGAAUGGAGGGGAGUGGGAUCAAAGGAAAAGAUUUGAUUGAGGAUAUUUUUGGGGGUUAUCGGUGGGAUUUGAGAGCUAGGGUUUUUGGUUUUCGGCUCUUUGUUGUAAUGUUGUGUUGUUGGGGUUCAUGUAUUGUUUGGAUCUAAGAAUAUUUAGAUUGAGAGGUUAAAUUCUUAAAAACAAAAGGUUGCAGCUUUUCCACUUUUGUUUUGUCAAAUGGAAGGAAGCAAAAAGGUUAAGGCUUUGGUUUUGGUUUGGUUGAUCUCGGUGCUGCUUCAUCCAUUCUGGCUUGUUCAUGCUAAUGUGGAAGGUGACGCAUUGCACAGCCUAAGGACCAACUUGAAUGAUCCUAACAAUGUACUGCAGAGCUGGGAUCCUACUCUUGUUAACCCCUGCACAUGGUUUCAUGUUACAUGUAACAACGAUAACAGUGUUAUUAGAGUUGAUCUUGGAAAUGCUGCUUUAUCUGGUAUGCUUGUUCCACAGCUUGGUUUGCUUAAGAAUUUGCAGUACUUGGAACUUUACAGUAAUAACAUAAGUGGACCAAUUCCUAGUGAUCUUGGGAAUUUGACCAGCUUGGUAAGCUUGGAUCUUUAUUUGAAUAGUUUCAGUGGUCCUAUUCCAGAAUACUUGGGCAGGCUGUCAAAAUUGCGAUUCCUCCGACUUAACAACAACACCUUGACGGGUCCUAUCCCUUUGACAUUAACUAAUAUCACGUCUCUUCAAGUCCUGGAUCUUUCAAAUAAUCAUCUCUCUGGUGAGGUUCCAGAUAAUGGCUCCUUUUCACUAUUUACUCCCAUCAGUUUUGCUAACAACAGGGAUCUGUGUGGCCCGGUUACUGGACGCCCAUGCCCAGGAUCGCCUCCCUUUUCUCCUCCUCCUCCUUUUGUUCCACCACCACCAAUUUCUUCACCGAGUGGGAGUAGUGUCACUGGUGCAAUAGCUGGAGGAGUUGCAUCAGGUGCUGCAUUACUCUUUGCCGCUCCUGCAAUUGCAUUUGCAUGGUGGCGCCGGCGGAAGCCACAGGAAUUUUUCUUUGAUGUACCUGCGGAGGAGGACCCAGAAGUGCAUCUUGGGCAGCUGAAGAGGUUUUCAUUACGAGAACUACAAGUUGCCACUGACAGUUUUAGCCACAAAAAUAUUCUGGGUAGAGGUGGAUUUGGUAAGGUUUACAAAGGACGAUUAGCUGACGGUUCACUGGUGGCUGUUAAAAGAUUGAAAGAAGAGCGUACACCUGGUGGCGAGUUACAGUUUCAAACAGAGGUAGAGAUGAUCAGCAUGGCUGUGCAUCGGAAUCUACUCAGGCUGCAUGGAUUUUGUAUGACACCAACUGAACGGUUACUUGUUUAUCCUUACAUGGCUAAUGGGAGUGUUGCAUCAUGUCUGAGAGAACGUUCUCCAUCACAACCACCACUUGAUUGGCCAACACGGAAGAGAAUAGCAUUGGGAUCUGCGAGAGGUCUUUCUUAUUUGCAUGAUCACUGUGACCCAAAGAUCAUUCAUCGUGAUGUAAAAGCUGCAAAUAUUUUGUUGGAUGAGGAGUUUGAAGCUGUUGUUGGUGAUUUUGGGUUGGCUAAACUUAUGGACUACAAGGAUACCCAUGUAACUACGGCUGUACGUGGCACAAUUGGACAUAUUGCUCCCGAGUAUCUCUCUACUGGGAAAUCUUCGGAGAAAACUGAUGUUUUUGGGUAUGGCAUAAUGCUUCUGGAGCUUAUCACUGGACAGCGGGCCUUUGAUCUUGCUCGGCUUGCAAAUGAUGAUGAUGUCAUGUUGCUUGAUUGGGUCAAAGGUCUUCUGAAGGAGAAGAAGCUGGAGUUGCUAGUCGAUCCUGAUCUUCAGACCAACUAUAUAGAUACCGAGGUAGAGCAGUUAAUCCAGGUUGCGUUGCUAUGCACACAAGGUUCCCCAAUGGACCGGCCGAAGAUGUCGGAAGUAGUUAGAAUGCUGGAAGGUGAUGGGUUGGCUGAGAGGUGGGAUGAGUGGCAAAAGGUUGAAGUUCUAAGGCAGGAGGUCGAACUCGCUCAGCAUCCUAAUUCUGAUUGGAUCGUGUACUCAACCGACAAUAUACAUGCUGUGGAGUUAUCUGGUCCAAGAUGACCACGGCAUGGCUACGGUAAAUAGGGAAAGUUUUUACUAAUUUUUUUAAGGUAACUUUUUUUUUUAAAAAUUUGAUGGCCGUAUCUGAUUUAUGCAUCCUGUAAGUCCAGUCCGCAUUGUAUUCAUUACAUUGUGCAAUUUGUAUCUUUCUCCUGCAGUUUGAUUGAGCCAUGAUGUUUCCAAGUAGUUCCUGCUGUGGCAGUAGGUCUAACCCUUCUUUGCA